CAGAAAAUCCCAAGUAAAGGUUGGAGUUUAGACCUCGAGUAAGAUAAGAGGAAGUCCUUAUAAUAAGAUGCCAAACACAUGAAUAUUUAGUUAUAUUCGUGCGACUUAUUUGAAAAUGCGGUUUCUUACAGUUAUCAUUGGCAUCUUAAGUGUUCACUGUGCCUUCGGUGAGCAGUGCCACAAAUCGGAUACAGAUAGCACCGUCGAUUGUAUGAAAGUUAUCCAUCCAAAACAUGGCGAGUUAUUAGCAAGUGUACCCAUUAUGCCUCAACAAUGUUUGGAAAAUAUAACUAAUCUACUCAAAGAUGUUCGUCAGAGAAUUGAAGGUCGACGUUCCUCUAACCCUCAGUGUAUGAAGAACUUACUAAAUCGCCUUGAUGAUAUAUCGAACCACUACAUGGCCAAAAUAAUAACCGUUGAUAGGAGCGUUAAGCAACGUUUUAUUUCCGCUUAUACAGCUGUGGGAAAUGCUAUGGUUGGAGUGCGAACAUGCGUGUGGAAACCCCAUUCCUCGUGCGAGAAAAUUCAGACGUGUUGCUCAGCGGUUAAAAGUGGAUUGUAUGCUGACAGAACUGUUACAGAGGAGGACAUCAGCAAUUUCCUCAUAGAAUUUAAAACGCAGUUUGGGAAAGAAUACGACUCGAUAAUAAACAGUAUUCGUGAUGUACAAAGUGAUGCCAUUUCUAAAACCUUCUGCUGAGAAGUGUUUCUAAGUACUUAAUUGUAAUUUUAUAUUUGGAACGUAUUUUGUAAUUUUAUACAUACAAAAUAGAACUUGAAACAUUGUAUCUUAA